UAAACAAGCUUCCUUCAAUAAAAUGUCAUAAAGCUGUGACCUUUGAUUCACUGUUGCCAUGGUGAUUAUUAGACUUUGGUAUUUCCUGGUGUCAGGAGACUUGACUUUGACGUUGUCCUGUUGAGACGCAGAUUAGUUCUCCGUGUUGAAGCUGAAGAUCUUUGACUGGAUGUGACUUCAGCAGCUGAACUCCAUCAGUGUUGUUGUAGUGACAGAGUGCAGCUCUCCCAGCAGGGGGCGCUCUGCUAUGGAUCAGUGUGAGGACACAGAGGAGGGAGUCUCUCCCUCUAAAACCUCUCUGUGUGAGGAACAUGAAGCUCUGAGGAUGCAGGAACAGAGACCAGACUCUCCUGGACCUAGCUGUGUGUCCAUGAAGAGUAACCGGUCUAUACGUGGCCUUAUUGACUUUAAAGUUGGACGUCCUGCUGAUGGAAGGAUGCAGGAACAGAGACCAGACUCUCCUGGACCUAGCUGUGUGUCCAUGAAGAGUAACCGGUCUAUACGUGGCCUUAUUGACUUUAAAGUUGGACGUCCUGCUGAUGGAAGGAUGCAGAAACAGAGACCAGACUCUCCUGGACCCAGCUGUGUGUCCAUGAAGAGUGACCGGUCUAUAGGUCACCUUCUUGACUUUAAAGAUGGACAUCCUGCUGAUGGAAGGAUGCAGGAACAGAGACCAGACUCUCCUGGACCCAGCUGUGUGUCCAUGAAGAGUGAUCGGUCUAAACUUCAUCCAAUCUUCUUUAAAGAUGGACUUCCGGCUGAUGGAAGGAUGCAGGAACAGAGACCAGACUCUCCUGGACCCAGCUGUGUGUCCAUGAAGAGUGACCGGUCUAUGGGUCGCCUUAUUGACUUUAAAGUUGGAUGUCCUGCUGAUGGAAGGAUGCAGGAACAGAGACCAGACUCUCCUGGACCCAGCUGUGUGUCCAUGAAGAGUGAUUGGUCUAUAGGUCGCUUUAUUGACUUUAAAGAUAGACGUCCUGCUGAUGGAAGGAUGCAGAAACAGAGACCAGACACUCCUGGACCCAGCUGUGUGUCCAUAAAGAGUAAUCUGUCUAUGGGUCGCCCUGUGAACUUUAAAGCUGGACAUCCUGCUGAUGGAAGGAUGCAGGAACAGAGACCAGACUCUCCUGGACCCAGCUGUGUGUCCAUGAAGAGUGAUCGGUCUAUGGGUCGCCUUAUUGAGUUUAAAGAUGGACGUCCUGCUGAUGGAAGGAUGCAGGAACAGAGACCAGACUCUCCUGGACCCAGCUGUGUGUCCAUGAAGAGUGACCGGUCUAUAGGUCGCUUUAUUGACUUUAAAGUUGGACGUCCUGCUGAUGGAAGGAUGCAGGAACAGAGACCAGACUCUCCUGGACCCAGCUGUGUGUCCAUGAAGAGUGACCGGUCUAUAGGUCGCUUUAUUGACUUUAAAGUUGGACGUCCUGCUGAUGGAAGGAUGCAGAAACAGAGACCAGACACUCCUGGACCCAGCUGUGUGUCCAUAAAGAGUAAUCUGUCUAUGGGUCGCCCUGUGAACUUUAAAGCUGGACAUCCUGCUGAUGGAAGGAUGCAGGAACAGAGACCAGACUCUCCUGGACCCAGCUGUGUGUCCAUGAAGAGUGACCGGUCUAUGGGUCGCCUUAUUGAGUUUAAAGAUGGACGUCCUGCUGAUGGAAGAGUUCAACAGGAGAGCUCCAACGUUCACAGAGAUCAACCAGACCAGCAGAAUCCAACAGACCUGGACUCCAUCUUUAUGCUGCUGGAGGAGAACAUCAUCACCUGUGUGAAGAACGAGCUGAAGAGAGUCCAGAGGGUUCUGAGUCCAGAUUACCCAGAAUGCUUAGAGAGUCAGAGUGAGGAUGAAGAGCAGGGGAGAAGCUGUAAAGAGGAAUUUUUGAAGAUCACUCUCCACUUCCUGAGGAGAAUGAAGCAGGAGGAGCUGGCUGACUGUCUGCAGAGCAGAACAGUCGCUGCAGAGUGCCGGCGUAAACUGAAAUCUAACCUGAAGGAGAAGUUCCAGUGUGUGUUUGAGGGGAUUGCUAAAGCAGGAAACCCAACCCUCCUGAACCAGAUCUACACAGAGCUCUACAUCACAGAGGGAGGAACUGGAGAGGUUAACGAUGAACACGAGGUCAGACAGAUUGAAACAGCAUCCAGGAAACCAGACAGACCAGAAACAACCAUCAGACAAGAAGACAUCUUUAAAGUCUCACCUGGAAGAGAUGAACCAAUCAGAAGAGUGAUGACAAAGGGAGUGGCUGGCAUCGGGAAAACAGUCUUAACACAGAAGUUCACUCUGGACUGGGCUGAAGACAAAGACAACCAGGACAUACACUUCACAUUUCCAUUCACUUUCAGAGAGCUGAAUGUGCUGAAGAAGAAAAAGUUCAGCUUGGUGGAACUUGUUCAUCACUUCUUUACUGAAACCAGAGAAGCAGGAAUCUGCAGGUUUGAAGAGUUCCAGGUUGUGUUCAUCUUUGACGGUCUGGAUGAGUGUCGACUUCCUCUGGACUUUAAAAACAACGAGACCCUGAUUGAUGUCACAGAGUCCACCUCAGUGGAUGUGCUGCUGACUAACCUCAUCAGGGGGAAACUGCUUCCCUCUGCUCACCUCUGGAUAACUACAAGACCUGCAGCAGCCAAUCAGAUCCCUCCUGAGUGUGUUGACAUAGUGACAGAGGUCAGAGGGUUCACUGACCCACAGAAGGAGGAGUACUUCAGGAAGAGGUUCAGAAAUGAGGUGGAAGCCGACAGAAUCAUCUCCCACAUCAAGACAUCCAGAAGCCUCCACAUCAUGUGCCACAUCCCAGUCUUCUGCUGGAUCACUGCUACAGUUCUGGAGGAUGUGCUGAAGACCAGAGAGGGAGGAGAGCUGCCCAAGACCCUGACUGAGAUGUACAUCCACUUCCUGGUGGUUCAGUCCAAACUGAAGAACAUCAAGUAUGAUGGAGGAGCUGAGACAGAUCCACACUGGAAUAAAAAGAGCAGGAAGAUGAUUAAGUCUCUGGGAAAACUGGCUUUUGAGCAGCUGCAGAAAGGAAACCUGAUCUUCUAUGACUCAGACCUGACAGAGUGUGGCAUUGAUAUCAGAGCAGCCUCAGUGUACUCAGGAGUGUUCACACAGAUCUUUAAAGAGGAGAGAGGACUGUACCAGGACAAGGUGUUCUGCUUCCUCCAUCUGAGUGUUCAGGAGUUUCUGGCUGCUCUUCAUGUCCAUCUGACCUUCAACUCUGGAGUCAAUCUGAUGUCAGAAGAACAAACAACAUCCUGGUGGUCUAAAGUAUUCAGAGAAAAACCUGAAGCAACACCUUUAUAUCAGAGUGCUGUGGACCAGGCCUUACAGAGUCCUAAUGGACACCUGGACUUGUUCCUCCGCUUCCUCCUCGGUCUUUCUCUAGAGACCAAUCAGAAUCUCAUACGAGGUCUGCUGACACACACAGGAAGUGGCUCAAAGACCAAUCAGAAAACAGUCAAGUACAUCAAGGAGAAGAUCAGUGAGGAUCUGUCUGCAGAGAAAAGCAUCAAUCUGUUCCACUGUCUGAAUGAACUGAAUGAUCGUUCUCUAGUGGAGGAGAUCCAACAGUCCCUGAGAUCAGGACGUCUCUCCACAGAUAAACUGUCUCCUGCUCAGUGGUCAGCUCUGGUCUUCAUCUUACUGUCAUCAGAAAAAGAUCUGGACGUGUUUGACCUGAAGAAAUACUCUGCUUCAGAGGAGGCUCUUCUGAGGCUGCUGCCUGUGAUCAAAGCUUCAAACAAAGCUCUGCUGAGUGGUUGUAACCUCUCAGAGAGAAGCUGUGAAGCUCUGUCCUCAGUCCUCAGCUCCCAGUCCUCUAGUCUGAGAGAGCUGGACCUGAGCAACAACAACCUGCAUGAUUCAGGAGUGAAGCUGCUGUCUACUGGAUUAAAGACUCUACACUGUUCACUGGAAACACUCAGGCUGAGUGUCUGUAACCUCUCAGACAGAAGCUGUGAAGCUCUGUCCUCAGUCCUCAGCUCCCAGUCCUCUAGUCUGAGAGAGCUGGACCUGAGCAACAACAACCUGCAGGAUUCAGGAGUGAAGCUGCUGUCUACUGGAUUAAAGAGUCCACUCUGUAGACUGGACACUCUCAGUCUGUCAGGUUGUCUGAUCACAGGAGAAGGUUGUGCGUCUCUGGCCUCAGCUCUAAGCUCCUCCCCCCUGCGAGAUCUGGACCUGAGCUACAACCAUCCAGGACAACGAGGAGAGAAGCUGCUGUCUGCUCGACUGGAGGAUCCACACUGCAGACUGGAGACACUGAGGUUGGACCAUAGUGGACUGCACAGACUGAAGCCUGGUCUGAGGAAGUAUGCCUGUGAGCUGGAACUGGACACAAACACAGUGAACAGAAUCCUGAAACUGUCUGACAACAACAGGAAGGUGACACGUGUGGAGGAGCUUCAGUCAUAUCCUGAUCAUCUAGACAGAUUUGAAUACUGGUGUCCUCAGCUGCUGUGUAGGACUGGUCUGACUGGUUGCUGUUACUGGGAGGUCGAGUGGAGAGGAAAGGUUGAUGUAUCAGUGAGUUACAGAAGAAUCAGAAGGAGAGGAAAGGUUGAUGUAUCAGUGAGUUACAGAGGAAUCAGAAUGAGAGGAGACAGUGAUGAAUGUUUGUUUGGAAUUAAUGAUCAGUCCUGGAGUCUGAGCUGCUCUGAUGAAGGUUACUCUGUCAGACACAAUAACAGAGUAACAGAGAUCUCCUCCUCCUCCUCCUCCUCUUCCUCUUCCUCCUCCUCCUCCUCCUCCUCCUCCUCCUCCUCCUCUGUCUCUAACAGAGUAGCAGUGUAUGUGGACUGUCCUGCUGGCUCUCUGUCCUUCUACAGAGUCUCCUCUGACACACUGAUCCACCUCCACACCUUCAACACCACCUUCACUGAACCUCUCUAUCCUGGGUUUGGGUUUGGGUUCUGGUCUCCUGGUUCUUCAGUGUCUCUGUGUCGUCUGUCGGUCUGAGAAACACUGCUGACUGAAGAUCAGCUGACUCUGUUCACUCUGUCCAGCUGGUCUGUUUCAUGGGUGGGGGGCGUGAUAAUGGGGGGUGGGGGUGGUAAUGGGGGUUAAAUGUUCUACAUUACAGAAAAACAAUGGACCCCCUUCUGUAAUGUCUGUAUUGUUCUGAUCUCACCAAUAAAAAACAAGUGACAAUUAAACAAUUAAAUUCCUCCUCCUGCUGUCUUGAUAUUGGCAGCAGGAGGAGGAGUCAUGGCUCCAGAUCUGUUACAAAGUGUAAACUUGUCUCUCAGGUGUCUUCCCACAGGCCCUGAAAACAGCAGUCAUCAAGUCACUACUAGAAAAGAACAAUCUAGACAAUAAUGAAUAAUUACAGGCCUAUAUCAAAUCUUCCUCUGUUAGGUCAAAUGAUAGACAAAGCUGUGUUUCAGAAGUUAAAUAACUUCUUGAUAUUGAAAGACUGUUUGGAUGUCUUCCAGUCAGGUUUUGGACCAAACCGCAGCACUGAGACAGCUCUGGUUAAAGUGUUUCAUGACAUCUGUUUAAACACAGACAGAACCUCAGUCUAAGUUCUUCUUGGGUAACACUUUAUAUGAAGGUCCUUGAAAUAAGCUGUUAUUACCAUCAAAUCUGCUGUAUAAGACACACUUUAAACCCUCAGGCAUCAGUUUAAUUUACUACCCUCUUAAGUCAUUAAGGACAAAAAUGUUCACUUCCAAAUACUGGAAGUAUUAAAUAUUUAAAUAUUAAUGUGCUUUUAUUUACUUUGUGUUUGAAGGUUAAUCAGCUUUAUUAUUACUUAUCAGGUUAUCUCUGUUGUCAGCCCUUAUUUAAAGUUUGUAUUGAACACUGGAGAGCAGCACUGAGUAGGUCAGGAAAUCAGGUAACCUUUGUGAGCCAGGUGUGUAAACCUGCUGAGUGGCUCUAACUGACAGACAGGAGUGUCAGCGGUGUGUGUGAGAGCAGGAGUGAGGUGAGAGGCUGAGACACUUUCAGGCUGAAUUCAAUGAAAGGAAGACAGCAGAGAUACCUUUGGUAAGUGUGCUGUGUUCUUUGGUAAUUAUGUGUUCAGAAUGUUUGAAUGGUGACAUGUAUUUAAUGUAGGCUGUUUAUUUCAUAGUGAUGCACUCUGCAUUCUGGUUUUAUAGUGUUCACAUGAAACAAUUAAAUUAGAAGGGUGAAUAAUAAUUAAUAUUGAACAUAUUUAACUGGUUUGUUUAAAUUGUAAACAAAAGAUAAAGAACUGAAUAGAUAGUAAAAUUCAGAUUAAUUUAAUGGUUAUAUUAACUUAAAUUCUGAUUUGUUUUGUUUGGUGUUAAAAUGGGAAAAAGGAAGAUAAGGAUGCUAAAAGAAGCAUUGGUUAACAUUGUAUAAGUGGAAAACUGCUUCCCCAGAUUACUUUACAAUUAUAAUAUGAAUGUAUAUGGGAAGAAUUUUGUUCAUAGAUAUUUUCCUUGCUUUUCAGAACCACACACAAUAAACAGUUGUAACCUC